CAUCAGUGACGUGCAUUUGGAGGGGCGAGCAGAAAACCUGGCCACGAGCAAAUGAGCAAGCAAACGACACAAGCCGCGACUAGAGCUCUGAUUUACAGUCAACGAACAGUUACACGUAGACUUGCCACAGCAACUUGUCCUUCUUUAGUGUUGUACGCAAAGCUACAGACGUACACUCGCCCGCACGCAGCUUCGACAACGUCCACGAGAGAAGCGACAUCUCCACGGCUCUUUAGUAUCACUAAGAAAAUGGCAUCGGACGAAGACUACAUGGCAUUCCUAGACAAGGCCAACCGCGACGCAGACGAGGCGCACGCCGCUGCUGCAGCAGCAACAACAAGAACUCAGACGACAAGCUUCAAGGCCCUCGACGCCGGCGAGACGCCCGCCCCCGCCAUCGCCGCGGUCUGCAAAGAUACAUUCUACGUGAGCGAUGCCGACGAGCCAUUUGAGGCUGUCUCGCUGCGAUACUCGGGCAAGGAUGGGCUUCCCGACGAAGUGGAAUUCGCCAAGCUCAUCCAGCACUGGGACGCCGACAAUGCCAACGUGAGCAUCAUGGACCCGACAGACUGGGACGUCCGCGGGGCAUACACCAACGUAGUCGAGGCGGUGCGCGAGGCCAGCCGCGGCAACGACGUCCGCGUGUACCGGGUAACGCGGGACGCUACAAGGACAGAGUACUGGGUGGUGAGCGCAACCGAGGACCGGAUCGUAGGUGUCAAGGCGCUGGCGGUGGAAUCGUAGGGCGCAGCAAGCGACGUAAUUUUGUCUGGCGAGGGCCGUGCGCCUGGCGGUUUUCUAUCAGGGCCACGCGAUGCAUUAUGCGAGGCAUAGACGGUGGCGGAGAGUGGGUUUCUUUUAGGCUAUGUUUUUUUUUAAUUGCCACGAUGUUUAAAAAACCUGUUUUGUUUGUUUGCUAGUCAUGUAUGUUGGUCGUGCGAGCAGGCUAUGGCGGUGAUGAUGAUGAGGCAUGGUGUUUUGUUACCAAGUAUAGUAACGGCGGUGCGCCGCGUGGCUGGCUAGAAACGGUGGGAGAAACGUGGCCGAGAACGCUUGUUUCUUUUUUCUGCGUUAGGUUUGUAUGGUUAGAGAAUAUUGAGUAUUUGGCUUUUUUUUU